AUGGGCGCCCUCUACUACGUCCUUCAUCCCAACCAGCUCCGCGCCAUCAUCCAAUGGAAGGUCUGGCACGAACCCGUUCACCGUCGCGACCCCUCCAAGGAAGACCCGACGCUGCAAUCAUGCUUCGAAUUUCUGAACAAGACGAGUCGUUCCUUCUCCGCCGUCAUCCAGGAGCUCACCCCUGAGCUGCUUGUUCCCGUCGCUCUAUUCUACCUCGUCCUGCGCGGCCUCGACACCAUCGAAGAUGACAUGACGAUUGAUAUCAAGAAGAAGGAGCCGCUGCUGCGCAAGUUCGACACGCUCAUGGAGACGGACGGAUGGACCUUCACCGAGAACGGACCCAACGAGAAGGACCGCGAGCUGCUGGUACACUUUGACGACAUCAUUGUCGAGCUGAAGAAGAUCAAGAAGCCCUACUAUGAGAUUAUCAAGGACAUUACCAUCAAGAUGGGUAAUGGCAUGGCCGACUACGCUCUCAACGCCGAGCACAACGAGAACGGUAUCACUUCUGUCAAGGACUACGAGCUGUACUGCCACUACGUUGCCGGCCUUGUCGGUGACGGUCUGACCCGCCUGUUUGUUGAGGGCCAGAUGGCCAACCCCAAGCUUCUGGAGCGCCCCGAGCUCACCGAGUCCAUGGGCCAGUUCCUCCAAAAGACCAACAUUAUCCGUGAUGUUCACGAGGACUACCUUGACAAGCGCCGAUUCUGGCCCAAGGAGAUUUGGAGCAAGCACGUCGACAACUGGGAGGAUCUUUUCAAGCCCGAGUACCAACGCCAGGCGCUCGAGUGCAGUUCCGAGAUGGUUCUCAACGCCCUCAAGCAUGCUGAGGAGUGCAUAUUCUACAUGGCUGGCAUCCGCGACCAGAGUGUGUUCAACUUCGUCGCCAUUCCCCAGAGCAUGGCCAUUGCGACCCUCGAGCUCGUCUUCCGCAACCCUGCCAUCUUCUCCAGCCAUAUCAAGAUCACCAAGGGUGAUGCAUGCCAGCUCAUGAGCGAGUCCACGCAGAACCUGUUGGUUGUCUGCGAUGUGUUUAGAAGAUAUGUCCGCCGGAUACAUAAGAAGAACGACCCACGCGACCCCAACUACGUGCAGAUCAGCGUGCAGUGCGCCAAGAUUGAGCAGUUUAUCGACUCAUUGUUCCCGAGACAGGACCCCAAGAAGCUCGGAGAAACGGCGAAACAAAAACAGCGGGGCGAGCCGGGCAUGGACCCAGGCGAGGCCUUCAUAUUGGGCGGCAUGGUCUUGUUGACCCUCUUUUUUGUCUCUGCUCUUAUGAUUGGAACUGCCUGGUUCUUUGGUGCGCGCUUCGACGCCCUCUGGAAGACGGAAAGCGUCUACUGGCCUGGCAUGGAGCCCAACGCGGCCACGCCGUUGGAGCACAAGGAGCUGUAA